GACGGGAGGGCGCAGGCGCAGAAGGGGCAGCGGCGUUCAGGCCGGGCGGGGCGCUUUGGAGGGCCGGCGGAGGUGUGGGGACUGGUUUAUGCCGGUCCGGAAGGUCACAGGCUGAGAAGGGAUACCACUUGAAGUUUACAAGAUCGUGAACGGAGGACCUGGGAAAUUCGUUUCUCCAAAUUCCCCAGGACCAGGGGGCAACCGCUGGAGCUGGAGGGUGGCAGGUGCGAAGUAAAGGACACGCUUCUUCAUUCAGCUGGGGGAACCAUCUUUCAGGUGGCAACAUGGAGAACAAUAAGCACCUUGCUUACUCUAUCAUCCAGUUUCUCCAUGACCAGCUCCAGAAUGGCGGACUCUCUCCUGACGCACAAGAAAGCUUGGAAGUGGCAAUUCAAUGCCUGGAGACAGCCUUUGGGGUGACGGUGGAAAACAAAGAGCUGGCUAUGACCCAGACCCUCCCUGAAAUAUUUGCCGCAGCUGCAGGAAAGGAGCUGCCUUACGUCCCCUUGAACUCCCAGUCCUCCCCGCCGUCUGAUGAAGACACAGCCGAAGCUGAGAGGCUCAAGACUGAAGGAAAUGAACAGAUGAAAGUAGAAAACUUUGAAGCGGCUGUUUCUUUUUAUGCAAAAGCAAUCGAGUUAAAUCCAGCCAACGCCGUGUAUUUUUGCAACAGAGCCGCAGCCUACAGUAAACUUGGGAACUACGCUGGAGCCGUGAGGGACUGCGAAAGAGCCAUAAGCAUCGAUCCAAACUACAGCAAAGCCUAUGGCCGAAUGGGUUUAGCUCUUUCAAGUUUAAACAAGCACACAGAAGCUGUAGUUUAUUAUAAAAAAGCCCUGGAGUUGGAUCCGGACAACGAAACGUACAAAUCCAACCUAAAAAUUGCCGAGCAGAAGAUGAAAGAGAUACCUAGUCCUACGGGAGGCACUGGAGGCUUUGACUUAGCCGGCUUGCUGAAUAACCCUGGCUUCAUGAGUAUGGCAUCUAACUUAAUGAACAACCCUCAAGUACAGCAGCUCAUGUCGGGGAUGAUCUCUGGUGGGCAUAAUCCCAUGGGAGCUGCCGGAGCCAACGCUUCCCCAAAUGACCUGGCCAGCCUCAUCCAAGCAGGCCAGCAGUUUGCUCAGCAGAUGCAGCAGCAGAACCCAGAGUUAAUAGAACAGCUAAGAAGCCAGAUCAGAAGUCGGACCCCCAGUGCCAGCAAUGAUGACCAACAGGAAUAAGAGAGAGAGAGAGAGAAAGAGAGAGAGCAGGAGAACUAGGGACCCUUGAGUCCUUCGCUCUACCGACUGCAAUCCAUGUGAUUUGCCAUUUUUCCCGUUGGAACGUCUAUGAGAGAAAAGAAACAAAAGUUGGACCUGCAUGUGAAGAUGGAUCCUUACUUGCCCCCUCCUUUUCCUCUGUCCCUUUCUCCCUCCCAUCUCUUUGUUCCUCCCCCUCCCACCUCCUCGUUGCCCUUCCCUCCCCUUCCACCUCCCCCAGCAGUCACCAGUCCCUCCUAGAAGAAGAGCCAGCAUUAAGCACAAACCAGCAUCUGCUCCCUUUCCUGCUCUCAGAAAGAUCCAUCACCUCAGUGUUUUCCCCAGGGCGCUAGGUCCCCAGCCCCCUUCCUGGGAGCUUAAAGAGUUUUGUCUCUGCCAUCUUCUGAUCCAAAAGCCACGGCCCGGGGACCUGAGGCUCGGCAGGGGGUGGCCUGGCUCCUCUUCUGGCUUGGCAUUUUUUUUCCUCCAAGUUUGUUUCCCGUCCCAGUUAGAAGUCAGUUCCUUAAACGCGCCCAUCCUCUUGGGUGGCUCAGCAUCUCCACAAGCAUUACUCUGGCUGAAGGCCCCCUGCUCGCCGUCAAGCACCACCAUCCCAGCGUCGGAGGGCAAAUGUGUUGGUUGGGACCAUUGGGAGAUUUUUUUUUUUUUCCUCAGUUUUGAGCAGUUCUAGAAGCUUUUGUCCAUGUGAGCCUUUCUGGGAGGGGAGUGUGGGGAGUAUCUCAUGAGACCAGUUUGUGUGACUUUCAAACCAUUUUGGAUAUGUGCCCGUUUUCUUUGCUGGUGACUGCACAAUCACCCAGCUAAAGAUUCGUGGUGUCUGCUAGUGGCCCACCUAGGGCAGGGGAGGAGAGAGGGCUAGGCCUCCCUCCCCACCCCCCAAGCGUCUGUAUGUCUCAUCCCUCUGUCUCCUCCAUUUGCGGGUGAAGACCUGGGCUUCUGCCCAGGAGGAGGGACUGCAGAUUUUCAUCUCUUUCCCCCUUCUCUGGAUGGGAGGGCUAGUGGGAGGCACCCGGACCCACCACGCGGGUUGUAGGUGGGAGCCAGCCACUGGACUGGUCAAGAUGUAGCAUUACGAAAGGCAGGGGAUUGCCCUUCCUUCCCCCUCCCCACCUCUCCCAAGCUCCCAACUCUAGCUGGACACGGGAAGAGUUGAGUGGGGAAAAAAAAGGGGAAAGGAGGGGCCAGUUGAGUCAUAAGUGCCGGAAUGUGGGAAGUUGUUGCCGUGCAAGGGAAUCCUGGGAAAGGCUCCGUAGCUAGAGCUGGCAAAAGUUCACUCCCUGGCCCUUUCCAGAGCCGCUUUGUGUUGUGUUCUAGGGAAUCUGAAAUCCAUUGCUCAGAAUGUUUUUUGUCUUUUUUUUUUUUUUUGAACUUUCCGGUUUGGACUUUUGGUGAAGAAUGUAACAUGUGGGGAAUAAAUCUACGUUGUGACCUUU